ACGGAAAAAUGUCAGGCAGGAGUUGUUUUGAGUGAAUUCUGGAUAAAAGUUAUUUUGUUACUUUUCCAAGAAAUUGUGACCAAAUUACUACAAAAUAACAUCAAACUUUUAAAAUUACACUCCCACAAAAAAUUCCACACCUCAAUGUAGCAUUAUGGACGUGAUAAUGUUGAAAAACGUGUGUCCUGCAGGGAGGCAGGCUUUAUUCUGUUUUUUUCUCGCUCUGUUGAUUUUUACGACUUCCUUCUUCUCCGGGAGUGCUCUAGGGUACACUUCUGAGUUGUGGGCCCUCACCUACUGGGGUCCUGCCUUAUACUUCUGCCUCUUCAACUUUAUUUUGAGAUACUGUUACAAAGGCUUCACAUAUGAGGUAUUGGUGAGGUCAGCAUUCCUUGGCACUGUGUUUGCAACAGGGAUCUACAUGGCCACAUUUGAAGAUGGCCUCCGAGUGUUUGGUCUGUACACAAUGGUCCUAUCCAUGUUCCAUUUCUCCGAGUUCAUGGCGGUAGCGCUCACGAACCCACGGACUUUGACGAUAGACUCGUUCAUCUUGAACCACAGUGUGCAGUAUGGUGUGGCUGCGGUGUCCAGUUGGAUAGAAUGGGGUGUGGAAUAUUACUUCUUUCCAGAAAUGAAGACCUACUUCUGGGUGUCUGCCCUAGGAGUUGUGAUGUGCAUUGGUGGGGAGUUGCUGCGGAAAUCGGCUAUGUUCACUGCCAAGACUAAUUUCAAUCAUACUGUGCAAUACGUGAAGCGGCCGGACCACCAGCUCGUGACGCACGGCGUGUAUGCCAUCUGCCGGCACCCCAGCUACGUCGGCUGGUUCUACUGGUCUAUUGGCACGCAGAUAACCCUUCUAAACCCGUUCUGCUUCAUCGUGUACGCUCUUGCAUCCUGGACUUUCUUCCGCGAACGAGUCUUCGCCGAGGAGCUGACUCUGCUCGCAUUCUUCGGGCCUCAAUACGCGGAGUACCAGACCAAGGUCGGGACCGGCCUGCCCUUCAUACAGGGACAUGUGCCCAGCAACACCAGGCAAGACCUCAGAGAUGACCACUGGAGCUACUGAGCGUGUGAGUUAGUUUCAUUCUGAAAUCAUAGAUGGCGUUGUGCCUAGUUAGCUCGCGCUGAUGAAAUGAUCGCAAUGAGUUAAUCGAGAUUCUUUAACGUUUAUGUGAAGGCUCUGACUAUGGUUGUAAGGUGACUUGGAUGUAAAUGUAAUUUAGUUAGAUAAUUUUUAACAAAAUUUCUUCUAGUUUUGGAUAUAACAAAAAAUCAAUGACAUAACAUGAAAACUUUGAAAUAAUAUCAGUGAUACUAAAUAUCCAAAUACACAUGAAUGCAGA